CGAGGGAAAGGGAUUACACGCGCGGCGGGUGGAGCGAGCGGAACGGACACACCGAGAGUAAGAGAAAGGAGAAGAAGGAGAAGGACGGGGAAAAAAAAGGAGUGAUCGUAGUAACACCGGCGCGUCUCCUCUCGCGGCUUCGUGGUUGUCUCGGAAUUAGUGAGUAGACAGAAUUAUGUCUGUGAGCAGGCCAGCUCGGCUCAGUUGAGACUUACUGCUCAGCCGGUGCACACGCGUGCCACGAAUCUUUCCUACUUACAUAUAUCGCGCCUUCCCGAUGCGAUUAGACUAGUUCGCGAUCGUCGCCGGAUUACGGUCCAGCUUGUUAACACUUGUUCGUGCAUCGGGGACAUCCCUGUUUUCCGUGAACGUUGCCAGUCCCGUUCUGGCUCGACCGCUGGAGGAUACGAGCACGCGGUUUUCGUGCGAUCAGCUGGACACUCCGAUCAACUCUCGUCGAGUUGUUCAUUCUUAAUUAGAGUUUCGAUCGUCAACUGUUUACAGUGAAAUCCGAUUAUUACCACGGGUGAUCCCUCGAUGAAAAUAAUAAUGGGGAACACGGUUUAUCGAUAACAGUGCCUAUCGCUUAGCGAGCAAGUGGUACCCCGUUUGUUAUCGCCGAAGAAUACGACGGACCCACGAAUCUCGAGCUACCUCGGUAGUGCGGUUCUCGUAAACGGAAUUGAAUCGAGUCUGUAACAAGAACUCUCGGUUAACGAGUCACAAUGGGACUCGCCAGGUUAUUCGUGCUGCUCUUGGCAACCUCGGCUAUAAACAGUGUUUGGUGCCAUCAUCACCAUCACGGUGUCCACCCGGACAGCAAGAAGAAGAGGGACCAAGUGGAACUUGUUAGAAGAUACGGGUCCAGGGAGGAAGCGAACGCGGUUUCCUCGGUUGAAGACAAGAACAGACGGAGCUUGAACAUCAACGAAGUCAAGGAGAAAAUUCCUUACAGCGACAGAAGGUUGGAAAAAAUGCUGGAGAAAGCUAUCCUGAAGAUAAUCACCGGCGAGCUUAGCACGGGUGACAUGCUGUUGUUGAAGAGCCUCAACUACAGUCUGGAGGAGGUUCUAGCAAUUCGCGAAAGAGAACUGAACAAGAAGAAGGAGGAAGAGCUGUCGAAGAAGAAGGAAAGCAUGAAAUCUUGGACCAAAGCGCUGUAUGGACAAACUGGCGGAAAGAAAGGUAGAUACUGGGAUCCGAAUUUUGUAGAUCAUACCUCCGCGGUUACGAGGAAUCCCGAUUACGAGAACACGAGGAACGAAGGUAAAAUGAAUCGCCACGCGGACAAGUCAUCCUACAAUGAUUUCGACUUCGAUGCGUACAAUCGGCAGGCGGUUCUCGAUUACGAGAACUUGCCCUCGAAUCUGGAGUUCCAACAGCCGUGGUCUGAACCGACGGUUCUGAAUUUGGACGAAAACAUUAAAGCGUCGAGCGAAGAGGACGAUAUUCAUCGGGAGUUCGAGAAGGCGAUGGCACCUCACGUGAUCUUCAAGAUUCGCUACGAUGAUUCCGAGUUCGAUUCCAGCUCCGGUUCCGACGAGACCAGCAAAAAUCGCUCCAAAACACCUAAAUACCGAGCUUCUACGACCUUGAAGCAGACGACAACGAAAAAUGCUGGUAACUCCUUUCAUGUUGUACCACCGCCAACGUUAUCCACUGCUUUUCCUGCUUCUGUGCCACUACCUGUGGUGUCUCGGCUAGGCAGCACGAAUAACGUACAGACAAGCUACCCCAGAAAUGUUAUCCAUCCCAACGUCGCAGUGUCUUCGACAACGACUACCGCCAGCACAACGGAAAAGUCGAUACCCGAGCAAGUCUCAAAUGGCGAGGAAAAACCGAACCUUAUCGUUCACGUUAGCGGUCCGAAUGAGAAGACUGCCGUCCCGGAAACUAACGAAAUGUCUCAUGAAAAUAAAAAGAUUAGUCCGUACGAAGGGCUCGAGUGGGUCGAGGACGACGUCUACAGGGUGAUCCCUGGAUUAGUAGAUUCCCUUAGCUAUGAAAAUUCGGAAGAUAACGAAACGUCUGACUACGAGGACUUUAGACACAAUACCCGACAGACCUGGAACACGGAGGAGAAUGAAAACGACACGCUGGAGUACCAAAACGAGACACCUGACCCUGUCAAGCUCUUCGUGGCCAAUGGCAACGCGACGACGGGUCAUCUUCCCGUGGCUAAUUUGUCCGCCUAUCAGGAAGUGGCCAGAGCUCAUCGACGAGAAGGAAACCUAACCUCAAGCUUCGACAGCCAGGGUGAAAAGGCCAUCGAAGACAUUAAGACGCGCGUCUUGGCUCUGACUGGAAGGUUUAACAACAGCAGUAAUGCCAAUCAGGUUCAACGCGAGAGGCUAACCAUGUUCUCGCCCAGCUGUCAAAUACCGCGGAACACGGAUCAAGAAACCUGGGCAGAUCCGUUCUCCAUGAACAUGCACUUCCAGCUGAAUCUAACUUCCAGCGACCACGUGGUUGCUGCCAAGUUGAGAAUUUACAGAUUACCGCAGGAGAAUUUAACCUCCACGACGGGAUCUUCGUUCGAUGAGGACGAAGAAGACGAAAAGAAGAUCCGGAUAUCGAUCUAUUACUACACGAAAUCCCUAAAAAAACAUCGAUCGAAAAAACGCUUGUUGGACUCGGUGGUGACACCCCUCACUCCAGAAGGAACUCAUCUGGCGUUGGACGUCAUACAGGGUCUCCGACUCUGGCGACUGAACCCGCGAAAUCCUCAUGGAAACGGCAAUAAUCACGGUCUUGUGAUUCAGGUGGAGGACCAAGAUGACCGGACGCUGAAACCGGCCCUUUACAUCCAACAACCAUCCUGCGGGGACCAAGACACGGAUCAGAAGGCAUACCAGCGCGUACCUGCACUUUUCAUUCGAGCCUGUACUCGUUAUGUUCGCAUCGUAAACGGCGAAACAGUGACGUACGUAAAUUGUAGGCAUUAAAACGAACGAAAAAAACAGUCAGACAGCAAUGAAAAAGGGACAAUCGUUAACAGCGCAAUUUAUUCUCGGAGGACGAACAAAAGAAACGAGAAUCAAUUCCACGAGGAAUAUUACAUUUUUCGACCGAACCACGAGUUCCGCUUGAAUACAUAAAAGAGCCUGAAUCCUACCCUAAAUAAUUUAGGUAUCUUCGAUACAUGCUGCAAUAGUUUGAUUAUAGUGAUUUCUAUUAUUGGUCAAAAAAGUAAAGGAGCAGGCUUUUCAAAACCGUUCUCGAACAAUUAAGUCUAUCGAUUCUGUUGGCAUAAUCAGAAGAUUUGUUCCCUUUUUUACAUAAAAAAAAAAAAAGAAAAAAAAAAAAAACUAUAUCAAUGGUAACCCAGUGGCAUUUCGAUUGUUUCGAAGUGUGAAACCAAUUGACGCCAUUACAGUUUCGAUUAGUUUCGGGUAGAUCGCACGCGCGACAGUGUAACGGAAAUAAUUGACGGUGACUGAAAAAUAUGUACGAUCCCAGUAAGAAUCCUUCACAGAAUAGACUGUCAUUUUAAAUGUUAACUUAAAGAAGAAUCGCGUCGUUAUUUAAGUGCAAUAGUGGGUAAGUCAUACCUUUUUAUUUCGUAUCGUUUUUCUUACUGUGUGUGAGGACGGCGCGUUCCAAACCGGUUCGCGCUAUUUUCUGGCUAACAUUUAAGUUAAAUGUUAAACGAUUUAACAAUGUACAUACCAGCGAAGCUGCGUCGAUAGGCCUAUAGAUUGGCCUAUAAGUUGAUUAGAUUAUGCUCGUUGACCUGUACAUACAUGUACGCACUGCGUAGAUACAUGUGUAUACACGUCAUGCCCAUGACUGAUGUAACCAAAUGUAAAACCUUAGAGGUAGAUAUUUAUGUCAUACGUUGAUUAAGUAAUGGUGAGCCUUGCGGGUCCUUUAUCGUUAUAUUGUAGGUGAGACUAUAAAGAGAAGUCUAUGCUUUAGCCUAAUGUUAUGUAAACAUCGUGUUUUCUAAACAUUUGUGCUUCCCUUUAUGCUUAUUUGGAGAGAUUAUGAUUUCUGUGGUGCCAGGAUUUGACUGUGUUUUUGUUUAAUAUAAUCUAUGAAAAAAACAAUGCUGUAACCACAAUUCUCUAUCAAGUUUAGUUUAGAAGUUAUACUUAUUUAAAGUUUGAUAAUGUCACAUUUAUUUGAAAGAGGCAUAACGAUUUUCCUUUGGGGCUUUUGGCCUUUGACUGUGAAACUUGUUCACAUUCUCUAAGAUACACAAAUUAUAAGAUACACAAAUCUCUUACUAUUUGAACGAAUGAAAUACUAUUACUAUGAAUGAAUUUCGUGACAUUUGACUGUGUUUUUAUUUAAUAUCAUUUUUCAGAUAAACAAUGUUGUAAACAGCAAAACUUGGUAACUUCUAAACUUCUAAACUAUACGUGACAGUGAAUUACAGUUUGAGCCAUUCUUUUUCUGAUAAAUUAAAUUAAAUAAAAACACGGUCAAAUUGCAGCGUACGGAAAUCAUAAUCGUCUCGCUUAUUUUAUAUUUCAAAGGUCUACCCAAAAACUUAUGCUGCUUAUUAUUAUAUGUAGUUGUCGUAUAAAAAAGGAGACAACCGGUUCUUGUAACUUUUACACAAUUGUUGUAUAUAAUGUAUAUUUAAUUCUCUGGUUGCGUAGAAAUAAAUGCAUCGACGUUGAAACUUAAUUAUGCUCUUGCAUCAAAUGUAUUUCAUGUUUGACGUUUUAAUUAAGUGUGUGCAAUACAUGUUUUGUUUUUUACUCGAAGAAUAUUUAGGUGUUUUGAGAAAUAAAGUUUGAUAGAAUUAUAGUUUACAAAUGCAAUUCCGUAUUGCAUUAUUGUAAGAAUAAUUUAUCAUGUUAUUUAUUUCUUUUA